CAUUUGGUUAAAUCUUUUAAGAAUUAGAGUUUUGUAAAAUAAAAUAUUUAUUUAUGAUUCGCUUGUAAUUUGCAUUACUAUUAAUUUAAUAAAAUUUUAGAGCUAUUAACCAUGUUUCUAACUAAUUUUAUAGAACAAAAUUCGUGUAUGGUUUCCGUAGUGGCUUGUGUAUUUUUGACAAUGUCGUAUGUUGCUAGUUUAUAUAUAUGGAGGACUAAAUUGAGCAGAGAUCAUCCAUCAACUAUCAAAAGAAGAUUCUUUAGUGUUUUUUGUAUGAUGCUGCUAGCACCUUUUUUUACCCGAUAUUUUCUUACGGAAGAAACUUUAAGUAAAGGUGAUAUGUAUGAACAUUUGGGGCUUAGAUUAUCUGGACUGAUCUCGGCAUCAUUUGUUCCACUCUUCCUAACCAUUGUCUUAUUUAUGGGUCCAUUGUGUAUGCAAUAUUUAUCUGGAAUGUGGAAACUAUAUACAGAACCAGUGUAUUGGUGGUCGAACUGGCAAGACUUGUUAUGGGUGAGGAACCAUUUAAUGGCACCAUUAAGUGAAGAAUGGGUAUUUCGAGCAUGUAUGAUGCCAUUACUUCUACAAUGCUUGGAGCCAAUUACUGCAGUAUUUGUAGGACCAUUGCUAUUUGGAAUAGCACAUUUUCAUCAUAUGCUUGAGCAAAUAAAGGUUGGAUAUGAAUUUAAAGCGGCACUGAUGGUAUCAUCAUUCCAAUUUACAUAUACAAGUCUAUUUGGUGCUUAUUCAGCAUAUUUGUUUUUGAGAACAGGUCAUUUCGUCGCCCCGCUGACUGCUCAUAUAUUCUGUAAUCACAUGGGUUUCCCCAAUUUCGGAGCGGUAAUGCUGUAUCCGCCGCUGCAACGAGUGCUGAUUGUUUGCUGCUUCCUUCUAGGACUUGCUUUAUGGUGUGUCAUGCUCGUACCUAUUACUAGUCCUAACAUAUAUGAUAACAGGUUAUAUUGGGAAACUUGAAUUUGACUUGAACAUUUUCUAGUUACAUUUUUAAUAUCGCUUAGUUUAAAUAUAAUAAUAGUAAGUUUGACGCGACCUUUGUUAUUUGGUCUUUGAAUGGAAAAUGUAUAAUAAUGUACACCGUUCCUCAAUGCAUGUUGUUUAAAGUGUUACCUAUUUUAUAGAUAUUUGAUGAUUUCCACCUUUUAGAUGGUUAUUGAAUUUUUGUUUUCACUUAAUGAUUCAUCAUCCUAAGCCCUCUUAUUAUUGUAGCAGAUAUGACAUGUAAGUGAAAGAAAAUAACAUGGAUAUUAAUUUAGUGCUAGAAAUUAAGACGAUUGACACGCAUAAAAGUGCGGCGCUGCUCGCCGCGCAUGUCGCAUUGUCUUGUGCAGUUUUUUUGAGUCAGAUUACAUACAAAUUAGAUAGUACUCUAUUACAAACUUUAGCAUCGUUCAAUUGUGACUUCUCAAAUAAAAAAGUUAAAAAUAACUAUACGCAAUAUAAGAAAGUCUUAAUCUGCUUCUGUAUUCAAUCCUCCGAUUUCGAUCUUUAAAUUAAAAAACAUAUAAAUACGAGUAUGGUAAUAAUAAAAAUAUUUUUCAAUACUUUUUGCUUCAAUAACGCUUGACUAAGUAAUUAAAUUAUAAAUCGACUGAUCUAUGAUUAUUUUAAUUUAAUUUUAUUAGGGGAAUAAACAAUUAUUGUAACAUUUAAUAUAUACAUAUAAAUACCACAAAAAUUAACGAAGUUUCCAUAUAUAAAUAGAACACAUUUAACAUCGAAUAGUCAGAAAUAAAUACCGACUUAACUGUAAAUAGAAUAAUUAUAAAGAUAUCGAUAAAUUAAUUUUACCGUAUCACCGUCCUGAGAACACGUUCUGCAUUUAAGAGGCAUCAUGAACCGCUGACUAAACCUUUGAUGACCAUUAUAUUCGUAACGUCGAAUUUAAUUUUUUGCACUGAACUUUCUGUUGUCGAGGUGGACGAAAACUGGUCGCAUUAAAACCGAUUAUCAAAGGAUUUACAUUUUGGGUUAUUCAGUUCUUGAUCUAUUCCGUUAAGAUCCGUUAAUUUCCGAUUCAGGCAUAAAUUUGCGCCUCUUGUAAUGAAUUGUGAUGUUAAGUCAGUGAAUUCUGGGCAUAUAUUCAUUGUGGUAAAAUGAACCCAUACCCUAGGCUUCCCUAGGGUACGGUUUCAUAUGAGCGCUACUUAGAAGGAUCAGGUCCUGAUGUAUUUGUCCCCUCCUUCCCCUUAAAUAAAUAAGUUGGAGUGUAACAUCGAAUGUCGCUAUCUCAUUCUAUCUCAUGGACUCGUUAGCGAUAACGAUUCCAUCGAUGGAUUCGCUUGCCACUUACCUACAGAGCCUUAACACGCAAUUCCCCUGACGAGUUCUCACUAUCGAAAUAAAAAAAAAAUAGUCUAAUAACAUGAUGAUAUAAUUGUCAUCUAAUAUUUUAUAAUAAGUAACUAAAAUACUCGUAGGUACAGGUACGAAUUUUUAUAGAAGACUAUUUCUAUUUUGUUUAUUUUUUAUUUCGAUUUUGUACGAUAAUAAUAAUUAAAGUAAUAAUGACACAUUUAAAUUAAUGAAUAUAAGAAUUAAAUUCAUAGAAACGUUCUAAAUUAUAUAAUGAAUAGCAAGUAGUAGGUAAUUUCCUAUUUCAGUACUGGACCUAACAAUAUUUGUCCCAUCUAGAUAGUGUACUUAAAAAUGCACAGCAGAUUUGCAAUGAUUAAUUUCUUUCAUGUAAUAUAAUUACAAAGUAUUUAUUUGUAUUAUACUUUGAGUAUUAAAUGUAAUAUCAUCAUGUUUUAUCUUAAUUGAAUGUUACCUAAUUACAUUUAUUUUUUUAUUUUAAUACACUCCUAAAAGUAAAUUUAGUUUGUCAUCAUUAUUAUAAUCAGCUUACUGCAAUCCACUGCUGGUCAUUGACUUCUUUCAAGGCACGCGACUGAGCACGAUCUUCGGCUCGAACGAAUUCAAGUUAACAAUUUUGAAUAAAGUACCUUUAACAUUUUAGAAAUGCAAUGAACAUAAUAAAUUUCUAAUUACAGGUUGAUAAUAAAAGCGGGUGGUGGUAGAAAGUGUCAUAAAUAUUGAUUCUAGCAAAUUUAGCUGAAAUAAAAAUGUUUUCUUAUUAAAAAAUAAGACUAUUCAAACAUUAUAACUGUAUUUCAGAUAUGUUCCUUUAACCGCCCGCCUUUUUUCGUCCUGUGUAUUUUUGUAGAAUAGAUCUUGUUUUGAGUAUUAUAUUAUCAUAGAGUAUUGGGGUAGUAUUGUCAUUAUCUAUUCAAAUUAUAAUAAAAAAAAAAUAAGAAAAUACUGUGGUGUCCUUUUUUAUGUAUGAUAAACGAAUGGCAACCCCGCCCGCGCUAUACGCGCUAUACACUAGCGGGACACCAUUGAGAGAUGAUAGGGGAAGGAUGAAAGCAGGUCAGUUUGUCCAUCGUAAUGAAUCCAUCAGGAAUUACCCAACAUGUUUUAAAGGGAAAUUUUCAUGGAGGUCGACCUGAUAGGGUAUAUAGCUAGCAAUGGGGUCAUUAAACCUCAUCACUAACAAUCCCUUUCCCCCCUAUUUUGGUGUGUCAUAAGAUUUUAGUCAUUAUUAUAAUAUUUAGUAAUAAUUGUCGGCACUUAAUGGAACUUUGAGUAUAUUGUUGUGUAUAUGUAUAAGGGUGAUUUUUAUACUCAAUAUGAAUAUGGCAAAACAAGGUAGAAGAACACUUAGUGUUUAGAAUAAAAUGUCUGCUUUCAAUUUUAUUAUGUUUAGUAUUAUUAUUUCUUUAAAAUGAAAUUAAUCCGAGGGAUAGCGGCCAAUUCACCCCUGCCAAGGUCCAUACUUUUGCAUAGUAUUUUAAUUUUCCAAGUGACUAUUUUUAAUAUGUUGUCAUGUGCAUUUUUUUUUGUAAAUGAUAACCUCGCAUGGAAACUUGACUAACUUAGAUUGCGUAAACAUUUUCAUUGUAUUAGAAUUGUAUUAAAUAUGCCAUCACUGAAUGAAACAUGUGAAACAAACGAAAACAUGCCAUCCAUGCCAUGAAAAAGUGACUGAGGUACGCACUCAAAGAGUUAAACAUUUUUCUUGUUAUCCAUAAUUUUUUGUGAAUUUUAGUGUUUCUGUACUAAAUAUGUGUUGUGUAUAAAUGUGUGGUCCAUGUUUCUAUAAUUGUAAUAAUACCUAAUUAUUAAAUAAGUAUUCAAAAUAAGUUUAAAUGUUAUGUGCCAUAUGGAUUGUACGUACAUACUAGUAAAUAUGUUAAUAAUUUUGACAGGGUCCAAAAUGAGUACGUUGUAAAAGAUGCCUCACUAGUCAAUUGCUGUAUUGUUUUAUUGUUACUAUGAUUGAUUUAUUAAAUUAUUUAUGUGAUAGUUAUGAAGCUAAUAUAUAGAUCACAACAAUUUGUAUUAUUAUCUGGCACCACUUGUGUUGUUUUAUAAUUAGGAAAUAGACGGGGCCAAUUCUAUAACUGCCCCCACUCGUGGAAGUCGUAACUAUUAAUAGUAUUAUAUUAUCUGUGUUGUUAUUAAAGUAGGUUCAGUUUUUAAAAAACAGUGGAAAUUUUUUUAAAAAUGGAAAUUAAUUUUCAAUUUUAUAAUUGUAUAUUAAUAUUUCUGUGGUAACAUUCUCUAUAUCUUUCUCUAAAAUUAAUAUUUUGAUUUGAAGUUUAUUUUAUGAACCUCUAUCUAUCCUAUUUAAGAGCUGCGCUCUUGACGGUGGGACUUUUGCCACUCACUAUGCGAUUUUCAGCGAGUCUCUUCAUCUCUUGAUACGACACAAUACCAACUUUUUCCUUUAUCUACCUGAAGUAACUUUGUCUUGGUCUCCCUUUUUUCCUCCUUCCUUCUCUUACUUUCUAUUAUAAAUUUCAUAAGUUUGUCGUGUAGUAUCAAGUCUCCUAAUAUUUUUCCCCUUUUGACCUCAAUAGUUCUUAUAAUUUGUCUCUUUUCCUUAACCCUACAUAGGAUCUCCUUAUGAACAAGUUCAUUUUAUGAACCACCAUAAACUAAAUUUAUAAUAAUUUUAAUUUAAAUCUAUUAUUAAUGUACAAUAGAGAUUUCGUUGUGAUAUCAAACUAAAAUUUUAAUUUUAGAAACAGGUUUAGGGAACUCUAAUGUUUGUAGACAAGCGAAAAAUGGUUCUAUUCCUUAAAUUAUUAGGGAAUAGAAACAUUUUUCGCUUGUCUACAAACAUUAACAUAAGUAUUAACUUAGGACAACUCUUAAAUAUCUUUUCAUGUCACAUGGAAAAUGCUAGCAUAGAUAAUAUAUCAUACUAGGUAAUAGUAAAGUGUUGGAAAUUAAAAAUGUUUACAGAUUUUUUAUUGGGUUGUUAAUUUCUAAAUUCAAUAUAAAUUUUGAUCGAAUUUAAAUGUAAUAUUAUAAAAAAAAAAAGUAUUAAGUAGCAUUAUGUGUUCUGAAAGAAUAAAUUGUCCUAAAGUGAUAAUAUUGUAUGUCGUGUGCGUAUGUUAGGCUACGUCUGUAAUUCGAAUCAUAAAUCAUGGUGCCGCAACACUUGUACCUUCAUGUGUUAUCACUGGUUGUGUUAAUAGAUACCUACUACAAUUGCGUAAUAUCUACUAAAUCUAUUACUUACAUGUAGUAACGUAAUUAGUAUUACAGUAAUUAAACAACAUUUGUGGUCAGUUUAUAGAUUUAAGUGUUUUAACAGUAAACGAUUUUUAAAUUA